AGACCAGCGUAGACCUCCCCUCACCUGAGCUCCGACGGCCGCCAACAGUCAGUCCGAGACGGUCACUUGUGGAGUGGACCGAGACGUCUUCCACGACAGCACGGAUGUGAAAAAGCCGCAUUGGACGCCGAUGGACCGCAGCGACCUGUCUUGGUGAGAUUUGACGAGAGACACAUGGCUCGUCUGCUGGUCGUCAUCCACUCCGCGGUCCUGUUGCUCUUCGGCAGCGACGUGUUCCUGGUGGCAGCAAUGUCAUUUCAGCUCUAAUUGGAUUUCAGGACACAUGCAGUUCCCAGACACUAAUUAAGUCAAAGCCCCAAACAAAACCUCACAGAAUGAAUUAUCUUCAUCCAACAUCAAGCAUGGAAGCAGAUGACCGUCCACUAGCUCCCGUCAACGUGUCCGUCAUGCACCUGCGAGCUGACUCCGCGACUGUAUCCUGGGAGGUUCCGGAUGGAGAUAUAAUAAUUGGCUUCUCCAUCUCACAGCAAAGGCAGGACGCGCACAUGCAGAGGUUCAUCCGAGAAGUCAACACCACGAGUCGCUCUUGCGUCCUCUGGGACCUGGAGGAGGAGACGGACUACAUCAUCCAGGUCCAGUCCAUCGGCCUCUAUGGAGAAAGCCAAGCAAGCAAGAAGGUCCAUUUUCGUACACUCAAAAAGACAGACCGCUUCCCCUCAAACAGUUCCAAUCAAGAUGACCCCACUGUGGAGGGCCUGGACAGGUCCAGACAUCUGCAGACAGGAGAGGUCGUCAUCAUAGUGGUGGUCUUGCUCAUGUGGGCUGCCGUCAUCGCUCUAUUCUGCCGCCAGUAUGACAUCAUCAAGGACAACGACUCUGGCAACAAUAAGGAGAAGGUAAAGCCGUCGUCUGAGAGGAGCACGCCGGAGCAUAACAGCGGAGGACUGCUGAGGAGCAAGUUCCACCCGUCUGUGCCGUCCAUCAACAUCAUUGAAGUGUGACAUCCAGCCACAUUAGGUACACCUGCACGCUCUAACGAGAUCCCACACGAGAGCAGUGUCAAAAAUUUAUUUACAGAAUACAUUUAUUAUCAUUUGAGCAUUACUGUUGUUGCAAAGGCACAUUUUAGGUGUGCCUAAUGUUGUGUCCAGUGAGCGUAGGAUCUUUCCCUCCUCCACACCACAGUCCUGUGACAGGUGUGUGCAUGCAACAACACAAACAUGUAGUGCAGACCAACAAUGUUGCAAUAUGACCACAACACAAUCUCUGGGAGUGCCAUCGGUGUAAAUAAGCAUCAUAUUUUUGAUAUUUGCACGUGCAGUUUAGACAAAGAUCACAGGAAAUAAGCACCAAUGUAUGUGUUGAUGUCAAUGAGAGAAUAUAAGUAGUAUUUUCUUUGUACAUAAUGCAGACGUUUAUGGAUUAGAUAGACGUGCAUGCAGGUAGUCAAAAGUAGCCAAAUCUAAACAUUUCAUUACAGCACCUGUACAUUUCCAAACAACUGUAUGCACAAAUAAACCUUUAA